GCCCCCACGAGCACGCGGACGCGCCAAGCACACGGUAUGGGUGUAGACCAGACCCGCCUCUUAAAUCCAGGAGACCAUCAACUAUGGAAGGGAGAUCUAGGGAACAUUGAACCCUUUGGGGUUUUGAGUCCUGGACCCGGGAGACCCAACCCUGACCACCCACCCUGGAUGCAGCAGGAGGGAUGUUAAGCCAGACUUCAGGAAGAACUGCUUAACUGACUGAGCUAGGUGUCCCUCCGGCCUAGGGGGGUCAAUCCUCCCAGCUACCCACUCCCAUGCAGGCUAAGGAAGAAGAGGAAGCAAGCCCCUCACCUAACUUGACCUCCUUCUGGUCCUUCCCCCACACCCUUCUAGCUGCGCUGGCGGGUGGGGGAGCAUGGAAGGGAUUAUGGGAAAACCGGAUGUCUGAGUUCUCUAUCCCUGUCGAGCCUGAAUUCUGGACGAGGCGCUUCCUCUCCAGGGCCUCAGUUUCCCCAUCUGUAAAAAUGGAGUGAUAGCACAGACCUGCCCACCUUGCAGAGGCGCCCGAAGCCCUGAUGGGAUAACGGAUGAGAAGUAGUUUUCGUUAUGAAGAGCCAGCUGAAGCAGUUGCACGGAAGGAGCGCGCAGCCCUCAGUGAUGACAGCGGCCCUCGCGUCCUUCACGUUCCCCCACAUCCACCCCGUGUAUGAUGGGGAAGGCACUACUCCAGGGUUUCCCACACAGCGGACCCUGGGACGAGGACCAGGAGGGAUGCGGUGAAAGGGCAGCCCAGAAGCUGAGUCCAGAGCUUUGGGCGUCACCCUAGACCCUACAACUAAACCAAAGGCCAGUCAGGAAGUACCCCUAGCGGGCUUGGCUGAGCAUUUAUUUUUCUCAGGAUUCUGGACCUCUGGAGAAAAGGAAAGGGAUCCACCUGGAUAUACAGUCCUUCUUAGCGCCCCCUACGUCUCUCCCCAGGGGUAAACCGGCCUACACUGUUCCAGAGUGAAUAGGCUGGAUAGCUCGGUGCUUCACAAUUAACCAGGAAUGGGAGGUUUGAGCCAAAGAGGCGGGUUUGCCGCGGCCGCUCCUAGGCCAAAGAGAGACGACCUUACUGCGCACGCGCACUAGACAGCCGAUGGAGCCACAGAUGGAGCCGUCCGGAGGGGAGCAAGAGCCGGGAGCCGUCAGGCUCCUGGACCUGCCCUGGGAAGACGUGCUGCUUCCACACGUCCUGAACCGGGUCCCGCUGCGCCAGCUGCUCCGACUGCAGCGCGUUAGCAGGGCCUUCCGGGCGCUAGUGCAGCUGCACUUGGCCGGACUGCGCCGCUUUGACGCCGCUCAGGUGGGUCCGCAGAUCCCACCGGCCGCUUUUUCCCGGCUGCUGCGGGACGCCGAGGGGCUGCAGGAGCUGGCGCUGGCGCCGUGUCACGAAUGGCUGUCAGACGAGGACCUGGUGCCCGUGCUGGCGCGGAAUCCGCAGCUGCGGAGCGUGGCGCUGGCGGGCUGCGGGCAACUGAGCCGCCGGGCGCUGGGGGCUCUGGCCGAGGGCUGCCCCCGCCUUCAGCGCUUGUCGCUCGCACACUGUGACUGGGUGGACGGGCUGGCGCUGCGCGGCCUCGUGGACCGCUGCCCGGCCCUAGAGGAGCUGGACCUCACUGCCUGCCGCCAGCUCAAGGACGAGGCCAUCAUGUACCUAGCGCAGAAACGCGGCGCCGGCCUCCGCAGCCUCUCGCUGGCUGUCAACGCCAAUGUGGGGGACGCCGCGGUCCAAGAGUUAGCACGGAACUGCCCGGAACUCGAGCACCUUGACCUUACCGGCUGCCUCCGCGUUGGAAGCGACGGCGUCAGGACAUUGGCCGAGUACUGCCCCGCGUUGCGCUCGCUGCGGGUGAGGCACUGCCACCAUGUGGCCGAGCCCAGCCUGAGCCGCUUGCGAAAGCGCGGCGUCGACAUCGACGUGGAGCCACCGCUGCACCAGGCCCUGGUACUGCUACAGGACAUGGCGGGCUUUGCACCUUUUGUCAACCUGCAGGUCUGACCCACCUGCUGGUCGGAGCACAGCUGGACUGUGUGGCUGGGGCCUGACACUUGAGCUGUAGGGUAACUGAACUGUGGGGACCUCUGGUGAGAGGCCAGUGCCCUGCCCCACCCUGGAGCUUCAAAUAAAGAGUUUUUACCCCCUC